CAAAGAUGCGCGGAAGGUUUAAUGUGGGCGCCAUAGUUAGCCAAAGUGCGUGAGGCUGAGACCGACCAAGGUUUUGGCUACUGAAUAAUGUUUGUUCCAAGAGCUGUUAAAGUCAGGAGGGCUGCCGCUGAUGACGGGACCCACGUGGCUAAGAAAAACAAGUCUUCCCCCAAUGAAUCCUCAUCUGAAGAGACCUCAAAGUUUAGGGAAGCUGAAUUGGAUAUAAAAGAAAUAUCUGCCUCAGAAAAUGACUCCCUUCCAGCGGAAGGACGUGCAGACCCACAGACUUCUCUAGGUUCACCUGUGGCAGUUAUUGAAGGAACUUUGGAAAAUGGAAACAAUGAGAACUGUUCUCUUAUAGAGGAGCCUAUAAAAUCGUUCAGUGGAACUCAGCGCUGGCCUGACCCUGGUGAGCCUGUCUGUGUGGUCUGUGGUCGUUAUGGGGAAUACAUCUGUGACCAGACUGAUGAAGACAUUUGUAGCUUGGAGUGCAAAGCCAAACACCUUUUACACAUUCAAGAUACACGUUCAAAGCCUGCUGAUAGUGACCAAGUAGAAUCUCAGACCAGGCCUGCCUGUCUCAACCAUACUUACAUCUAUCAAGAAAAUGAUUUUGUAUUAAGCCUACAAGAUGGGCAGGUUGACAAUUUAAGACUCCAGCUUGGCAUCACUGUCGAAGGUCAAGGAGUUGCAAGACCUAUUGUAGAGUUUGAGCACUGUGGCUUUCCUGACAUUUUAAACUGCAAUUUAAAAAAAUCUGGGUACGAAGUCCCAACUCCUGUCCAGAUGCAAAUGAUUCCAGUCGGAUUACAGGGCAGGGAUAUCAUGGCCACUGCUGACACAGGCUCAGGCAAAACUGCAGCUUUCCUGCUUCCAGUUAUAAUUAAAGCUUUGAUUGAGACAGAAGCCCCAUCUGCUCUUAUUUUGACGCCAACGAGAGAGCUGGCAAUACAGAUUGAGAAGCAAGCCAAGGAGCUUAUGAUUGGUCUACCAAACAUGAGAACAGUUCUCCUCGUUGGAGGACUGCCAUUACCACCUCAGCUCCAUCGCCUAAAACAAAACGUUAAGGUUAUAAUAGCGACACCUGGAAGGCUCCUAGAAAUUCUAAAGCAAAGCUCCGUACAACUCCACCAUAUUAAAAUUGUUGUAGUGGAUGAAGCUGAUACCAUGUUAAAAAUGGGUUUCCAGCAGCAGGUGUUAGAUAUUUUGGAAAAUGUCCCGAGAGAUCGUCAGACUCUUCUAGCAUCAGCCACAAUGCCUUUUGGCACCGAACAACUGGCAACUCGGCUUUUGCAAAAUCCCGUAAAAAUCACCAUUGGAGAAAAGAAUUUGCCAUGCUCCAACGUUCGCCAGAUUAUCUUGUGGGUAGAAGAACCCUCCAAAAAGAAGAAACUUUUUGAAAUAUUAAACGAUAAGAAGCUCUUCAGGCCUCCGGUGCUGGUGUUUGUAGAAUGCAAACUGGGCACAGAUCUUCUGAGUGAGGCUGUUCAUACAAUCACAGGCUUACAAACAGUAUCGAUGCACGCUGAUAAACUGCAGACAGAAAGAACUACCAUAUUACAGGGAUUAUUGCAAGAGAAGUAUGACGUGGUUGUAAGCACUGGAGUCCUUGGACGAGGGCUCGAUCUGGUCAGUGUUAAGCUGGUCGUCAACUUUGACAUGCCGUCUAGUAUGGAUGAAUACGUACAUCAAGUUGGAAGAGCUGGACGGUUGGGUCACAGUGGAACUGCAAUUACUUUUAUUAAUAACAACAGUAAGAAACUUUUCUGGGAUGUUGUAAAGCGAGUUAAACCAACAGGCACUAUUCUCCCGCCCCAGUUAUUAAAUUCCCCAUAUCUUCAUGACCAGAAGAGAAAGGAACAGCAAAGAAGCAAGCAGUCACAGAAUGGGCUUGUAACAACCGAUAACCUUGUGGACAUAAUUAGAAAGCAUGACAGACGGGUUUCACAGAAGUAAUGAACUGAGCUUUGUUUGUAAAUAUAAUGCAUUUGUACAUCAUGUUAAUAAGUGCUGAUUUCUAAUUUAAAUUAAAAUCCCUGGAUGCAUU